GCGAAUAUUGGUUAUAUUUCACCGAUUGGAAAAAUUUAUGGUCGAGUAAUUGUUACAAAUUAUCGCUUAAGAUUUGAAGCAAAAGAUUCACCAAUAAGGCAAAAUAAAUGUUGUCAGUUUGAUGUGCCACUAGGAUGUAUAUCUCGUGUUGAAAAAGUUGGUUAUUCAACUGUGAGUCGCGGUGAGGAUUCAUAUGGUUUGGAAAUAACAUGCAAAGAUAUGCGUAAUAUUCGUUUUACACAUCAACAAACAAAUCAUAGUCGUCGACCUCUGUACGAAAAUCUUCAGAGAUUUGCUUUUCCUGCUUCUAAUAAAAUGAAUUUCUUCGCACUUUCGUAUAAGCCUGAAUGGACAUUUGAUGGUUGGACAGUUUAUGAUCCGUUAAAAGAAUUUCAUCGCUUGAAUAUUCCAAACGAAUCAUGGCGUAUCUCGAGAAUCAACGAUCGUUAUGAAUUUGCUGAUACUUAUCCAGCUUUAUUGGCGAUUCCAGCUGCAGCCAUUGCUGAGGGAGAAGAAUUUCUUCAUAAAGUGGCCGAAUUUCGAAGUAAACAGCGCAUUCCUGUAUUGUCAUGGCUAAAUCCACUAACUCAAGCGGCGAUUACACGUUCAUCACAACCAAUGGUCGGAGUAACAUCUAGAAAAUCUGUUGAAGAUGAAAAGUAUUUACAGAUGAUAAUCGAAGCGAACGCUCAUGCUCAUCAAUUAUUAAUUUUUGACGCGAGACCUGUCGUUAAUGCAAAGGUAAACAAGGCAAAAGGUGGCGGUUUUGAAGAUUCUUACAGCAAUUGUCGCUUAAUAUUUCUUGAUAUUCAAAACAUACAUGUUGUCAGAGAAUCGAUGCGGAAGCUGAAAGAUUGUUCUUUUGUUCGUCUCGAUGAAAAAAACUGGCUAAAAAACUUAGACGAAACAAAAUGGCUUAGCCAUAUACAGAUGAUUUUAGAAGGUGCAACUCAGAUUGCAGCUGAAGUAGAGGAUAAUAGUGCUUCCGUGUUAGUUCACUGCAGUGAUGGUUGGGAUCGUACAUCUCAGUUAACGUCUUUGGCGAUGAUCGAACUUGAUCCUUAUUAUCGAACAAUUAGUGGGUUUGGAGUUUUGAUAGAAAAAGAAUGGUGCGCCUUUGGUCAUAAGUUUGCCCAUCGAGUGGGUCAUGGUGACGAUAAGUACAGUGAUAGCGAGAGAUCGCCAAUUUUUGUUCAGUUUAUCGACUGCGUAUGGCAAAUCCAAGAUCAGUUUCCAUUCGCUUUUGAAUUCAAUUCGUCAUUGUUAAUUACUAUCCUCGAUGAACUUUAUUCUUGCCGAUUUGGGACGUUUUUAUGCAAUAAUGAAAAACAACGAUUUCGUGAACAGCAUCUUAAGCAGUGUACGAUAUCGCUUUGGUCUUAUGUGGAUGCGAAUAAAAGGUCUUUCCUUAAUCCAUUCUAUAAUCAUUAUCCACGUCAUAUUGACGUGUUGAGGCCGAACACAAAAAUGGCACGUAUAAAGCCAUGGAGAGACUAUUAUUUUCGCUAUUGUCCCAAAAUCAUUGCUCAAGAUCUUUUUUCAAAUUAUUUAAAUAGGUUGUUAAAAGUCUUCGAUUUUAACGCUAUUGUGAAUGAGAAAAUUCUGCAGAGAAUAGAAUCUCUUGGUGCUGUUAUACGUGCUCGAGAACAAUCAAUAAAUAAAACAGCUUCUACCUAA